CCUUCCAUCAGAAACCAAAUACUCAUGUCUUCCAGAAUUACUCGUGCGUCCGCUAGACAAGCAGCCAGCUCUUCAGAGUCAGCUGGCGCCUCCGCAGGAGUCCCCGCCACCGCCGCUGCCUCGUCCCCUCGGCCUCCGCCUGCAUCUCGAAAACGCAAAGCACAAGCUCGAGAGCCAAGCCCAAUACCUGAACCAGAACCUGCGAAACCACAACCCAGACGUACAAAGCGACAAAAAGUAACUGAGCCUGAGCCGCCCCUGACUGCCCCAGCUUCCGCUCGCAAGAGAGCUUCGAAGGGCAAAACUCCUGCGGUUAUGUCGAGUCCUGGUGAUUCUGCGGGUCCUUCUAGUGAACCACCGAACACAUCUACCAGUUCCUCAAAGCGGAAGUCAUCUAGGAAUAAGAAGGGUGGUCAAGCAGUUAAUCCUACAAGCACCCCAGCGUCUAGCCGUAGACCAAAGAAGACGGCCAGCAACAAUAAAGAUGGCGACUCCUCGCUAAAUAACCCUUCGGAGAAUAAACCCCCACCUGACGAUGACGAUGCUAGUGACGACAAUGAGGAUGAAGAGAUGGCUCGCAAUUAUGCUGGCCGGGAGGACGAUGACGACGAUCCAUUUGGAAAUUUUGGUGGACCUGGAGGACCUCCACACGGCCUCUCGAGCACAUUAAGGGCAUUGACUGGCAUGAUGUCGGGCGUUUCUACGAGACUACGGGAUAUCUUGAACAACUUGAAGCAAAAAGAUGAUCCUUCGGUACAGUUGAUUGCCCUGCAGGAAUUGUCCGAAAUUCUGCUGGUAUCGACCGAGGAUAAUUUGUCAGGACACUUCUCCCCAGAUGCAUUUGUUAAGGAGCUUGUACUCCUGAUGCAACCCUCCGAUUUUGGAGAAGAAAAUCCUGAAAUGAUGCUUCUUGCAUGCCGGUGUCUUGCGAAUUUGAUGGAAGCAUUGCCCGCAAGCACGGCGAAUGUGGUUUAUGGAGGGGCCGUGCCAAUUCUCUGCCAAAAGCUUCUGGAGAUACACUUCAUUGAUUUGGCAGAGCAAGCUCUCAGCACAUUGGAGAAGAUCUCGGUCGAAUAUCCUGCAUCUAUUGUGCGCGAAGGAGGCUUGACAGCUUGUCUGACAUACCUUGACUUUUUCGCAACCAGUACUCAGCGGACUGCUGUCACCACUGCGGCCAACUGCUGUAGAAAUAUCCCAGAGGACUCAUUUCCCGUCAUUCGAGAUGUAAUGCCAAUUCUCUUGAACGUCUUGGGCUCCAAUGAUCAGAAAGUUGUCGAGCAGGGAUCACUUUGUGUGUCUAGAGUCGUAGAGAGCUUUAGAUAUCACCCUAGCAAGCUUGAAGAGCUCGUCAGUACUGACUUGCUCCGAGCUAUCCUCCGUCUCUUACUCCCAGGUACCACCAACCUUAUCGGCCCGAAUAUCCACACCCAAUUCUUGCGAGUCUUGGCUUUUACUGCUAAGGCUAGCGCCAGCUUAUCCGCUGAACUGUUCAAAAUGAAUGUUGUCGAGACUUUGUACCAAAUCUUGACGGGUGUUUCGCCCCCUGGCGCCACAGAAGAUGUAGCCUCGAAGUUGGACAGUGUUGUUAUCAUGCAGGCUUUAAUCCACAGACCCCGAGAACAAGUCAUUGAAACCUUGAACGUCAUCUGUGAACUUCUUCCCGGCCUUCCGAGAGAAUCCGACUCAUUCGAUGCGAUUUUUGAUAUUGACGCAGCGUCAGCACCACCGACGGGGUCGUCAAGUUCCCGGAAGAAGUCUGCAAACGAGAAGCGAAUUGAGCUCCUAGAGGGAAGUAAAGACGAAGUCAAGCGAUUUGCCAUUAUCCUGUUCCCUACUUUGACAGAUGCAUUUUCAAGCACCGUCAAUUUGAGUGUUCGCCAGAAGGUCUUGACUGCCCAACUGAAGAUGCUAUCCAAUCUCGAUAAAGAUAUCUUGAUGGAAGCACUAAGAUCUGUGCCAUAUGCUUCUUUCCUUGCCGCAAUCCUGUCACAACAAGACCACCCCAGUCUUGUGAACUAUGCACUUCAAGCUGCUGAGCUUCUCCUCACUCGCUUGGAUGAGGUCUAUCGCUACCAGUUCUAUCGGGAAGGAGUCAUUGCAGAAAUCGCAAAGCUUGCCAAUGCAGAUUUGGUUGAGAAGUCUACCAAGUCUGCCAACGGAGACUCGCCAGCGAUCGAAGCCGUUAAUGUAACUGAACCAGACGGUGCUCAGAAAGUAUCCGAGAAGUCUGAACCGGUUGACGAUGCCAAUGAUGACGAUGAUGAUGAUUCAUCGGACGAUGAUAACGACGAUGAAAAUGAGAACGAUGAUAUUCCUGAUGAUAUCAGUCGAUCUCCAACAAGCUCACGAGGGUCUACAAUGUCAUUGGAUGGCCCGCCACGCCACAUUACCUCAGAUGUCACGACUAUGCAACAAAUCAUUGCACAGCGAGCAAAGAAAUUUUUGGAGGUUCAUGAGACGGAGAAGAAUAGCCAAAACAUGAAGAAAAAGGCCGUGAAGAUUCUUAGCAGUCUGCAAGGAUUGGCUUCCAACAUCGAAUCUCACUAUCUUCAUCAGGGACCAGGCAAUGGCGUGGAACUUUUCACAACACUCGCCUCUUACUUUGAUGGUGAUGUUCUGGAAAGCGUCACCAGUGCCGAGUUGCUUAACUCCGAAGUUGUGAGAGUCUUGCUGGAUGUGUUCAAUCACCCCGACGAGCGCUUGAGCAACGACGCUAGAUCAGCAUUCCUCGAGGUAUUUAUGGGACGAACUGUGAAAAAGAAGCCUAACACUUCAACUGCAGAGUCCUCUGCUACACCUUUCAGUAUUCUAAUCCACAAAUUACAAGAUCUCCUGAGUCGUUCCGAGCAUUUUGAGGUUGUAACAGUUCACUCCAACACUUUUGAUGGUAAUAGAAGCAGUGCGGCUUCCAUGCUUGCGAAGCAAAUUCGUCUCAAGCUAGUUGCGCCUGAAAGCUCAGAGAUACCACGACAUUAUCGCAAUAUCAUGGUCUCGAUUCAUGCAAUUGCUACCUUUAAAGCACUCGACGAUUACCUACGUCCAAGAAUCAGCUUGUCGGAACGAGGGCCUCGAGGCACUAGGAGAGAAGGCCUUUCAGGUGCUUUGGCUGCAUUAGCAGCUGCCGGCAACAUUCCAAAUCCAUACUCCGGUGUUCCUGAUGUCCAAGCACGUAUGGCUGCCCGUGGAUUGACUUCUGCCCAUGCAGCAACCCCAUCUGCCCCAACUCCUUCUACCUCUCGGAGUUCUCGAAAAGCGAAAUCCAAGACAGCUCCUGCUGCAACACCUGCUUCUGAAAGCCAGUCAGCCUCUAACACAACCCAAGAAAAGUCCACUCGUCGGUCUAGUAGACGACAGCAAGCACAGACCGAGCCCCCAGCUGCACCUCCAGCUGCAGAAGAAGAUGCUUUGGCGAGUGCACUGGAAUGUGCCGACGAGAGACAACUUACUGAUGACGAGGAUAUGGAAGCUAGUGCAGCUUUGGAUGCCAUUGUUGGAGACUUAGAUGAGGAUAUGGAGGAGGGUGCAGCCCCAGACCCAACUGCAGUCAACCUCGAAGUCGCUGCUGGUGGCAAAGUCACUGCUCGAAAGGACGAUGGUACUCAGGUUGCUACUCCUUCACAGGUAUCUGCAGCCAGCUCCCGCAGCUCAGCCUUGCAACUUGCUGCAGCUCAAGCAGCUAUGUCAACACCCAGCGCUUCCCGACCAAUGUCCUAUGCAGCUGCGAUCCAGGCUGUACCACAGGACUGGCACAUCGAGUUUAGCAUCAACGGCAAGCCGAUUUCCAAUGAUAUGACCAUUUACCGAGCUGUUCACAACCCGUCAGUUGAUGAGCAUACAAACCGAGGCGUCUGGUCCGCAACACAUGAGAUAGGAUUUCAGCGUGUUCCAGGGCCACCCCCACCAGAACCAACCUCUCUCAGUCAGGCAUCGGAAGUUAGCACGGAAACAACUUCUUCUGGAAUUCCUGCGUCACUGGACAAGCAUCCUGCAACAUCGUCUAUCCUUCGACUGUUGAACAUCUUGCACGCGUUGAAUGCAAAUCUAGAUGAUGUGUUAGCCGAGAACAAGGACACUUUGAGGCUCAACGCUGAACCACUCUCGCAAUUUGUAAAUACAAAGCUCACAGCCAAACUCAACAGACAGCUUGAGGAGCCUCUCAUCGUUGCGAGCGCCUGCCUUCCCACUUGGAGUGAGGAUUUAGCUCGGCUAUAUCCAUUCCUUUUCCCCUUCGAAACCCGACACCUGUUUCUGCAGUCUACUUCUUUUGGCUAUGCGCGAUCGAUGACCAGAUGGCAGAAUGCUCAAUCUGCCGAUGAGUCCCGGAGAGACCGCCAUCGUGAUGAACGCCCCUUUCUAGGUCGAUUGCAGCGCCAAAAGGUACGAAUCUCUCGUUCGAAGAUUCUCGAGUCUGCAUUAAAGGUUAUGGAACUUUACGGUGCGUCGCAAAGUAUCUUGGAGGUCGAAUACUUCGAAGAAGUCGGAACUGGUCUUGGUCCAACUCUAGAGUUUUAUUCCACUGUAUCGAAGGAGUUCUCCAAGAAGAAGCUCCACCUCUGGCGUGAAACAGAUGCUAACGAGGCUGACGAGUAUGCAUUCGGUGCUCGUGGUCUGUUCCCUGCCCCUAUGAGUAAGGAUCAAUCAACAAGUGAGAAUGGCAAGCGAACGCUCCACCUCUUUAAGAUGCUUGGAAAGUUCGUUGCUAGAUCGAUGAUCGAUUCUCGAAUUAUCGAUGUCUCGUUCAACCCCACUUUCUUUCGUAUUGGAGACGAAUCCAACCCAGUCACACCAUCUUUGGGAGCCGUCAAGACAGUUGAUGCCCAAUUAGCAAAAUCUUUGAAAUUGAUCAAAAAGUUUGCCGUUGGAAAGAAGGCUAUUGAUGAAAAUCCCAACCUCGCACCUGCACAAAAAGUCGCGGCGGCAGAAGAACUCUCUAUUGACGGCGUUCGCAUUGAUGAUCUUGGUCUUGACUUCACUCUCCCAGGUUAUUCUACCAUUGAAUUGCUGCCAAAUGGAUCUACCAUCUCGGUUACCAUUGACAAUGUCGAGCGUUACCUUGAACAGGUCAUUGAUAUGACCCUUGGGACGGGUGUUCAAAGACAAGUUGAUGCAUUCAGAACUGGUUUCACCCAGGUAUUCCCAUUCUCCGCCCUCAGUGCCUUCACUCCGGAUGAGCUGGUCAUGCUAUUCGGUAGAAUCGAGGAAGAUUGGUCACUUGAAACCCUCAUGGACUCGAUCAAGGCCGACCAUGGUUUCAAUAUGGACAGCAAGAGUGUGAAGAAUCUGCUUCAGACUAUGAGCGAACUCACACUCCCAGAACGACGAGACUUCCUCCAGUUCACUACUGGUAGUCCUAAACUUCCUAUUGGCGGUUUCAAGUCUCUUACCCCCAUGUUCACGGUGGUUUGUAAGCCAAGUGAACCUCCUUACGCAUCUGACGACUAUCUCCCCAGCGUUAUGACUUGUGUCAAUUAUCUUAAAUUGCCCGACUACACUGAUCUGGACGUUAUGCGGCGUCGUAUGAAUAUUGCGAUCAAGGAAGGACAGGGCGCAUUCCAUUUGUCAUAG